CCAAUCCCGCUGCUAACCCUCACCCCGCCACCAACCCCAGUCCGGGCGCCAGAGCCCUCGGGGGAAGGGAGCCGUGGCACUCGGGAAAACUUCUGCACAAGAUGGCCAGGCGCUGAGUGCCUGGGCGCGCACAGUCCCCUGCAGCAACAGCAGCAGAGAGGAGGUCCAUGGCGGUGGCCGAGCUCUACGCGCAGUACAACAGGGUUUGGAUCCCAGAUCCUGAGGAAGUUUGGAAGUCGGCUGAAAUCGCAAAGGACUACAGAGCGGGUGACCGAGUCCUCAGACUUCUGCUGGAGGAUGGCAUGGAGCUGGAAUACCCUGUUGACCCAGGGUCACUGCCUCCGCUUCGGAACCCUGACAUCCUGGUGGGUGAGAAUGACCUCACAGCCCUCAGCUACCUCCAUGAGCCCGCAGUGCUGCAUAAUCUCAGAAUCCGCUUCGCAGAGUCCAAACUCAUCUACACCUACAGUGGAAUCAUUUUGGUGGCCAUGAAUCCUUACAAACAGCUACCAAUAUACGGGGAUGCCAUCAUCCACGCCUACAGCGGACAGAACAUGGGUGACAUGGACCCACACAUCUUUGCGGUUGCAGAGGAGGCCUACAAGCAGAUGGCCAGGAACAAUAGAAAUCAGUCCAUAAUCGUGAGUGGAGAAUCAGGAGCCGGGAAGACUGUCUCUGCACGCUAUGCCAUGAGGUACUUCGCUACCGUCAGCAAAUCGAGCAGCAAUGCCCAUGUGGAGGACAAAGUCUUGGCAUCCAAUCCCAUAACUGAGGCUGUUGGAAAUGCCAAGACCACCCGCAAUGACAACAGCAGUCGGUUUGGGAAAUACACAGAGAUCAGCUUUGAUGAGAGAAACCAGAUCAUUGGCGCCAAUAUGAGAACUUACCUCCUGGAGAAGUCCAGAGUUGUCUUUCAGUCAGAAAAUGAACGGAAUUACCACAUCUUCUACCAGCUUUGUGCAUCCGCACAGCAGUCAGAAUUUAAACACCUUAAACUGGGGAGUGCGGAAGAGUUCAACUACACAAGAAUGGGAGGUAACACUGUCAUUGAAGGUGUCAAUGACAGAGCUGACAUGGUGGAGACCCAGAAGACCUUCACACUACUGGGAUUCAAGAAAGAUUUUCAAAUGGAUGUUUUUAAGAUCCUAGCUGCCAUCCUGCACCUGGGCAAUGUGCAGGUCACCACGGUGGGCAACGAGAGGUCUUCAGUCAGUGAGGAUGACAGUCACCUGAAGGUGUUCUGUGAGCUCUUGGGCCUGGAGACCAGCAAAGUGGCUCAGUGGCUGUGCAACAGAAAAAUUGUGACCUCCUCGGAAACUGUGGUAAAGCCCAUGACCAGGCCUCAGGCCAUCAACGCCAGGGAUGCGCUGGCCAAAAAGAUCUACGCUCACCUGUUCGACUUCAUUGUCGAGCAAAUCAACCAGGCGUUGCACUUCUCAGGCAAGCAGCACACUUUUAUUGGUGUUUUGGACAUUUAUGGUUUUGAGACCUUUGAUGUAAACAGCUUUGAACAGUUCUGCAUCAAUUACGCUAAUGAAAAACUACAGCAGCAGUUUAACCUGCACGUCUUUAAACUUGAGCAAGAGGAAUACAUGAAAGAGGACAUCCCCUGGACUCUGAUAGACUUCUAUGACAACCAGCCUGUUAUUGACCUGAUCGAGGCAAAAAUGGGCAUUUUGGAGUUGCUGGAUGAAGAAUGCUUGUUGCCUCAUGGCACCGAUGAAAACUGGCUUCAAAAGCUGUAUAACAAUUUUGUCAACAAGAACUCGUUAUUCGAGAAGCCUAGAAUGUCAAACUCAUCCUUCAUCAUCCAACAUUUUGCUGACAAGGUGGAGUACCAAUGUGAAGGGUUCCUGGAGAAGAACAGAGACACUGUCUAUGACAUGCUGGUGGAGAUCCUCAGAGCAAGCAAGUUUCAUCUCUGUGCCGCCUUUUUUCAAGAAAGCCCUGUUCCGUCUUCUCCCUUUGGGGCGAUGAUCACAGUUAAAUCUGCAAAGCAGGUCAUCAAGCCGAACACCAAGCACUUCCGGACCACUGUUGGGAACAAGUUCCGCAGCUCUCUGUACUUGCUCAUGGAAACCCUCAAUGCCACCACACCCCACUACGUCCGUUGCAUCAAGCCAAAUGAUGAGAAAAUGCCCUUUGAGUUUGACUCCAAGCGGAUUGUCCAGCAGCUGCGAGCCUGUGGCGUUUUAGAAACGAUUCGCAUCAGUGCCCAGAGCUACCCUUCCAGGUGGACAUACCUCGAGUUCUAUAGUCGCUAUGGCAUCCUCAUGACCCAGCAGGAGCUGUCCCUCAGUGAUAAGAAGGAGGUGUGCAAGGUGGUUCUGCACAGGCUCAUCCAGGAUUCUAACCAGUACCAGUUUGGUAGAACCAAAAUUUUCUUCAGAGCAGGACAAGUGGCUUACUUAGAGAAACUCCGCCUGGAUAAACUGAGACAGGAUUGUAUUAUGAUCCAGAAACACGUGCGAGGCUGGCUGCAGAGGAGGAAGUUCCUCAGGGAGAGACAGGCUGCCCUGACAAUCCAACGGUACUUCCGGGGUCAGCAGACAGUGAGGAAGGCCAUCACUGCCACUGCUUUGAAGGAGGCCUGGGCGGCCAUCAUCCUCCAGAAGUAUUGCCGAGGCUACCUGGUCCGUAACCUGUACCAGCUGAUCCGUGUGGCCACCAUCACCAUCCAGGCACACACCAGGGGCUUCCUAGCCAGGAGGCGGUACCGGAAGUUGUUGCAGGAGCACAAGGCAGUGAUCCUGCAGAAGUAUGCGAGGGCCUGGCUGGCCCGGCGCAGAUUCCAGAACAUCCGCAGGUUCGUGCUCAACAUUCAGCUGACUUACAGGGUCCAGCGCUUGCAGAAGAAGCUGGAGGAUCAGAACAGAGAGAACCACGGGCUGGUGGAGAAGCUGACCAGCCUGGCCGCUCUGCGGGUUGGCGAUCUGGAAAAGGUUCAGAAGCUGGAAGCAGAGCUGGAAAAGGCAGCUACCCACCGGCACAGCUAUGAAGAGAAGGGCCGCAGAUACAGGGACACAGUGGAGGAGAGGUUGUCAAAGCUGCAGAAGCACAAUGCAGAGCUGGAGCUGCAGAGAGAGCGAGCAGAGCAGAUGCUGCAAGAGAAGUCUGAGGAGCUAAAAGAAAAAAUGGACAAGCUCACCAGGCAGCUGUUUGAUGAUGUGCAGAAAGAAGAACAGCAAAGACUAGUUCUUGAAAAAGGUUUUGAGCUGAAAACACAAGCCUAUGAGAAACAGAUAGAGUCUCUGAGAGAAGAGAUUAAAGCCCUCAAGGACGAGAGGUCGCAACUGCAUCACCAGCUGGAGGAGGGACAGGUCACCUCUGACCGCCUGAAGGGGGAGGUGGCCCGCCUAAGCAAGCAGGCAAAGACCAUCUCUGAGUUUGAGAAGGAGAUAGAGCUGCUGCAAGCCCAGAAGAUAGAUGUGGAAAAGCACGUGCAGUCACAGAAACGGGAGAUGAGAGAACGGAUGUCAGAGGUCACCAAGCAGCUUUUGGAGAGCUAUGACAUCGAAGAUGUUAGAAGCAGGCUCUCUGUGGAAGAUCUGGAACAUUUAAAUGAAGAUGGAGAACUUUGGUUUGCCUACGAAGGACUAAAGAAAGCAACUCGAGUUCUGGAGAGCCAUUUCCAGUCUCAGAAGGAUUGCUAUGAAAAAGAGAUUGAAGGUCUGAACUUCAAAGUCGUGCACCUGAGCCAAGAGAUCAACCACCUGCAGAAGCUGUUCAGAGAAGAGACAGACAUCAACGAAAGUAUCCGGCAUGAAGUCACCAGGCUGACAUCAGAAAACAUGAUGAUCCCAGACUUUAAGCAGCAGAUUUCAGAGCUGGAGAGGCAGAAGCAGGAUCUUGAAUCCCGCCUGAAGGAGCAGGCUGAGAAGAUAGAAGGAAAGCUGGAAGAGCCGUUCAGCCACCUGAACCGAAUCCGAGAAGAGGAGAGAAUGCAGGGCAGAGCGCCUCAUCCCUUCCUCAGGGCCGUGGAAGCACAGAGUGAGAUGCAUCCAGAAGGGAAGGAGAGGCUGGUGGGUGCGAUCCACGAACCGCAUGAAGCCAUCAAGUUCCCAAAGAAGCAACCAGAAGCUGAGGAGGAAGUCGAGAGUAUUCUCCAACAAGAAGCGUCCCGGCUCUCUUUGGAAAAGAGGGAUCUCGAGGAAGAGUUAGACAUGAAGGACAGAAUGAUUAGAAGGCUACAAGAUCAAGUCAAGACUCUGACCAAGACGACUGAGAAAGCCAACCAUGUGCACCUGCCCUCGGGAUCCAGGGAGUACCUGGGGAUGCUGGAAUACAAGAAAGAAGAUGAGGGGAAGCUCAUUCAAAACCUCAUUCUUGACCUGAAGCCCCGAGGUGUGGUGGUGAACAUGAUCCCAGGGCUGCCAGCUCACAUCCUGUUCAUGUGCGUGCGAUACGCGGACUCCCUAAACGACGCCAACAUGCUCAAAUCCCUCAUGAACAGUGCUAUUAACGGCAUCAAGCAUGUGGUUAAGGAACAUUUUGAAGAUUUGGAGAUGCUGUCCUUCUGGCUUUCCAACACUUGCCAUUUUCUUAACUGCCUGAAGCAGUACAGCGGAGAAGAGGAAUUCAUGAAGUAUAACAGCCCACAGCAGAAUAAGAACUGCUUGAACAAUUUUGAUCUUACAGAAUACAGACAGAUUCUCAGUGAUGUGGCCAUACGGAUUUAUCAUCAGUUCAUCAUUGUGAUGGAAAACAACCUCCAGCCGAUAAUAGUGCCAGGCAUGCUGGAGUAUGAGAGCCUGCAGGGCAUUUCCGGCCUGAAGCCCACUGGUUUCCGGAAGCGCUCAUCCAGCAUCGACGACACAGAUGCCUACACCAUGACGUCCAUCCUGCAGCAGCUGAGCUACUUCUACAGCACCAUGUGUCAGAACGGCCUGGACCCCGAGAUUGUGAGGCAGGCGGUCAAGCAGUUGUUCUACCUGGUCGGGGCGGUGACCCUCAACAGCCUCCUCCUGCGCAAGGACAUGUGCUCCUGCAGGAAAGGCAUGCAGAUCAGGUGCAACAUCAGCUUCUUGGAAGAAUGGCUAAAAGAUAAGAAUGUGCAGAGUAGCUUAGCCAAGGAGACACUGGAGCCCCUCUCUCAGGCAGCCUGGUUGCUGCAGGUGAAGAAGACCACAGACAGUGAUGCCAAGGAGAUCGCCCAGUGUUGCACUUCCCUGUCUGCUGUGCAGAUCAUAAAGAUCCUUAAUUCAUACACACCUAUAGACGACUUCGAGAAAAGAGUCAAUCCAUCCUUCGUCCGCAAAGUACAGGCUCUUCUGAAUAACCGGGGCGACUCGGCACAGCUGAUGCUGGAUACCAAAUAUCUUUUUCAAGUCACAUUUCCUUUCACCGCCUCACCACACGCCCUGGAGAUGACCCAGAUCCCCAGCAGCUUCAAGCUCGGCUUUCUCCGGAGACUGUAGCCAGAGAGAAGAUGGACGUGAGUUCCCUGGAGUCCUGAGUGCAGGUGCCACGGAGGGAUGCAGUUAUUCACCAGAGCAUUGUGAUGGGUUGCAAUUUGAGGAAAAACCACGCCCCACCUGUCUCCCAUGAUGCUUUGCAACCGGCUGGGCUGGGAAAGGCUCUUGCUUCUGAUCUCAAGUGGCUAUUGUUGCAAUUCCUGAAGGCUCGGUUUUGUUCCUGGUACCUUUGUUUUGUGGCAGGGACCUCCCCUCACCCACAUAUAUACAGGAGUAAAAUCUAGAGGCACCAUGACUCCCCCGAUUUCUAGGGUUCCCGUGAAGUGCAGAGACAUGUAUGAAGCCACAGUUGAGUUCCAUGCCUACACCUUCUAGGAAAGAAUUCCACGUGGCCACUGGAACAAAGUCUUUUUGCCCCAUCCCUGUUGACAGGAAGGGCUCGUUAGCUCCUCCUACUAAAGACGACUGGAUUAGAAAACUACUCCCUUUAGAAACUCUAAGAGGGUAUUCAGUCUAAGAGCAGGUCAUGGUAACCCAUAACUAGAAUCCCAGCACUCAGGAGGAUGAGACCAGAGAUUUAUCUCGAGUUCAGUGUCAGCCUUGACUACAGAGUGAGAACCCAUCUCAGAGAUAGAUAGAUAGAUAGAUAGAUAGAUAGAUAGAUAGAUAGAUAGAUAGAUAGAUAAAUAGAUAAAUAUAAAUAAAUAAGAGCAUUUUAUUUAUCUAUUUUAUGCCAUUUAUCUUUUUUCUGAAAUUUUUAAAACUUGUUAUUAGCCAACAUAGUUAUUAUAAUCUUUCAUUUAAUUUUUAAAUACAGCUAUUUCUUUUAAAACUACAUUUAUCUCUGGGGUCAGAACUCAGUGGUAGAGCAGUUGGCCCUGGGUUUGGCCCCAGCACCACACAUGCACACGUGUGCAACUUAAGUUUUUUUUUCCUCUUUCUAAUCAGUGUUCUAAUAUGCUUUUUAAAUUUUUUUUCACGAAAAAAAAAAAAAAAAACAACAACAGAAGAUAUGGGGAAGCUCUUCCUUUUGAGAAAUCCACUUUUCCCAGGUUUUGUGAGAACUAGUUAUUCCUUCCCUCAAACUGUUUUCCUUCCCUUCAGAGAACUGAGUCCUCUGAUGAGCACUCCUGACCCAGAGCUGAGACCCAUCACUCUGUGCACCCCUAGCAACCUGACCACCCUCCAGUCUGAUGGUCACAGGCAGUAGCUGUGACACCACAGAAUGGUCCUCUCUGGGGCGACCGGUUGAUUGUUCAGUACCACCUACUAAACGUGUAGUCAUCCUACUGACAUGAUGGCUUUCCAAACUGUUCCCAAGUGCUGAAAAUAGAACUUUAUAAUACUUAAAUAAAAUAAAUUAUUGAGCAAA